AUGGCCCUCCUUACUUUCACCCCUGAUUAUGGAGGCUCGCUCCGUAAGAAAUUCAAGUCAGCCUCGAUGGGGGAUAUUCCAGCAUUAGGUAUCAAAUUUUUGUUUAGGAUGAUCGUUUUGGGCCCAACGUUUAGCGGAAAGAACAACCUUUGUUUAUUCAUUCUCAAGAAAUCUCCUCAUGCAUUUGCUCAUCUCACAAUCAUUUUUCGUAAUCCAUACCAGGAACUCUAUGACUACCUUAGGAAUAAGCUGGGCGAAUUCAUAACGUUUGCUGAUCCUGACUCACCACCGAGCGUCGAUCAGGUGCGAAGGACUCCUCUGAGCUCGAAUAAACCGGAGCUAGUCAUUAUUGAUGACUACAGCAACGAUAAGCUGCUCCAGAAGAAUCUAUUCUCUCACUAUAUGACCCGAGGACAACAUUACAAGUUGAGUACCCUUUUCCUUAGUCAUAGCUACUUUGCUACCGAUAAGAUGAUUCGAUUGAAUUCAGAGUACGUAGCGAUUCUAGAAGCCAGCUCGAAAAGAGAUUUAGCAAUGGUUGUCAACGAUUUUAACAUGCCCGGCGUUGAUGAACGAUCGAUCGUCCAUUACGAAAACCAUGCUACUGAGAGAAAAGGGCAAAUUCUACUUUGCGGUAGCGUAAAAAGCCAAUUGCGGUAUAAUUUCGAUCGACCUAUCCGAACGAACGAGUAA